AUCUUGUGCACGGGAUUGAAGAGUUUAAGAAGAAACAACAAAGUGGGGUUUGCGGUUGCUUAUUGUUUUUAAUGUUAUUCUACCACGAGCAUAUAUCAUUUGAAGAGAAAUUUCUACCGCUAUAUACUCGACCUUCUCCUCGGAUUACUGCUUGGGGAGAUGAUGAAGUAUUGGACAGGAAACGAAGAUUGAAAAAACUUGGUGGAUAUGCAAAUGAGAAUCUCAAAAUAUGGGUGAUAGAAAAUGAGAUAAGGGAUUGCGUUGAUGGAAAUGCAACGACAAUGGCGAGUGAGAAUGAGGACGAUGAGAAAUUUGUAAUCAAUCUAAACAAAGAUGUUAUUAAACGAGUUGAUGGUGGGAACUUAAUGGAGAUGGAUAAAACCUUUCAACAAUUAAAGACACAACUAAUUGAUAUGGCUUAUGGUGCAAGUAGUAGUAGUUGUGAUCAAAUUUUGGCUAAAUUUGAGGAGAAUUAUACUACAGUGAAAGGUCUCUUCCUUAGAUCAAGCGGAAAACCUUUGAGAAUGCACGAGGAAGGACCGAAGAAUGACAUUCUCUCAUGCGAGAGAAGUUUGGAAGAUACGAACAAUAUGAAUGUAAUGAACAUUAUCUUCACACUUUGUCAAAUGAGAAGUUAUGCACCGAGGACUUGAAUGAAAAGAAUGAAGAUGCAUGUGCUACAUCAAUUGAAGUGCAUAUCAUUCCAGACGAAAAUCAAAAUAUUU